UACACAGACAUCCAAACACAGACAUCCAUACACAGACAUCCAUGGAUGUCUGUGUAGCUGUCUGUGGCUGUCUGUGGUUGUAUGUGUGCUGUCUGUGCAGCUGUCUGUGGCUGUUUGUGGCUGUCUGCGGGUGUCUGUGGGUGUCUUCAUGUUUUACUAUUACCCAGUGAACCAUCUCAUAGUGCAAUUACAAACUCAGAUAUUGUAAAUAUAAAUGAAACAAGUGUAUUAGGUGCAACUUAUAAUGUACCAUCGUCUUCAUCAACAACUUCUACUCCUCAUGAUCGAAAUGAAAUUAAUGAAACAUUUACUGAUGAAGUUUUAUUAAUAGCAACAUCAACAGCUGAAACUUUUGAACCAUUGACUAAUUGUAUAAAAAAUGAUUCGUUUAAACGAGAUCCAGGUCGAGGACCAGCUCAUACUAAAGAAUUUCUAUUAUUAGGACCAUAUCAACCAAAUAUAAAAUAUUCAACAAUUAAUCAUCGUCAUUUUUGUUUUAGUUGGUACGAACGGUACAAAUGGUUUGAAUUUAGUGAGAUGACCAAAAAAGCUUACUGUUUUGUUUGUCGAUUCGCGUAUUCAGAAGGUCGAUUUGAAAGAGGUUUUACUGUAGAUGGUUUCGAUACUUGGUCGGUGGCUUUAAUCAAAUUCAAUAAGCACCAAGUAGCAUCAUCACAUCGAAAUGCAAAUAAUCUUUGGAUAAAUGCAGUUAAAAACUAUAAAAAUAAUACUGAUAUUGCCAAACAAAUUAAUAAACAGCAUGAAAAACAAACUUCAGAGAAUAGAAUGUAUUUAAAGGAACUAAUUCGAACAAUUAUAUUUCUUGCUCGACAAGGAUUAGCAUUACGAGGUCACAGGGAAGAUGAUGAAUCAGAAAAUAAAGAUAUUACUAAUAUUGUUGGCCAAAGCUUUGAGGGCGCCAGUGCCAUGCGCGGUGCAUAUAAAGGUGUAUCAUCUCGUUUAUUAUGUGUUGCACCCACUGCUUUAUAUAUUCAUUGUAAUGGACAUAUUCUGAAUUUAUACUUGGUUGAUUUAUCAGAAGCUGUAGUACCUAUUAGAAACAAUUUCGGUAUUAUCAAAUCACUUUAUAAUCUGAUUGAAGUACCACCCAAACGACAUAAAAUUUUUGAAGAUAUUCAAAAACAAGCAGAUUUAGCACCACUUCCAUUGAAAAAAUUAUCUGAUGUGUCAUUGACGCAAGCUUUGGUUAAAGUUAAAAUUACUAUUUGUUUACUUGAAUCAAUGAAAAAUGAUCAUGAAUUCGAACGCAUUUGGAAUGAAACUGUGGCUAUUUGUACAGUGAAUAAUAUUGAUGAACCUGAUGAACACCGAAAAAGAAAACUUCCUGCACGUUUAGGUGGUGGUGAUGUUGUAUCAACAACAUUAUCUGUGAAAGAUAAUUAUCGAAAUAAUUCUUUUUAUGUUGUGUUAGAUGUUAUUAUUAUGUCAAUUAAAGAAAGAUUUAAUGAAAAUAAAAUACAUGUAAUCGUGUUAUGUGAAAAGCUAUUUUUAACAAAUGAGUUGUUAAAUGAUCAUGAAUUAAAACGAAUUGUUCAUUUCUAUAGUGGUCAAUUCCAGUUAAUACAUGCGAAUGUGAACGAAGUUUUUCUUCAUUAA